CUCGGUUUUUCCAAUCCAAACCAACUUUAUCCUCUCUCUCCCCCCUCUCUCUCUCUCUCUCUCUCUCUAAAUGCACAGAAUUUCAAUCAUGGAAGCAGCCGCCGUGCUGUCGGUGUUGCUACUAUGCUCCACCAUCCACACUGCCGCCGCAGUUGCCGAUGGGUUGUUAUGGAACGGGAACUUCGAGCUCGGGCCGAAACCCGCGGACAUGAAAGGCACGGAGGUGUUAAAACAUGACGCCAUCCCCGGAUGGAAGAUCUUCGGUUUUGUCGAGUAUAUUAAAUCAGGCCAAAAGCAAGGGGACAUGUUGCUAGUCGUUCCUGAGGGAGCCUUUGCAGUUAGGCUAGGAAACGAAGCAACAAUCGAGCAGACCAUAAACGUGACUAAAGGAAUGUAUUAUUCCCUCACGUUUAGUGCUGCUCGAACAUGUGCUCAAGAAGAGACACUCAAUGUAUCGGUAGCACCUGAUUUUGGCGUGCUACCAAUGCAGACAUUGUAUAGCAGUAGUGGAUGGGACUCAUAUGCGUGGGCUUUUCAAGCCGAAUAUAAUACGGCUACUAUUAAGUUGCAUAACCCGGGAGUCGAGGAGGAUCCCGCGUGUGGUCCUCUUAUUGAUUCUAUCGCCAUCAAAGCUCUAUACCCUCCUAGACCAUCAAGAGAUAACAUAUUGAAAAAUGGAGGAUUUGAAGAAGGCCCAUAUAUCUUUCCAAACACCUCAUGGGGUGUAUUGGUCCCACCAAACAUUGAAGAUGAUCAUUCCCCACUCCCAGCUUGGAUGGUCGAGUCACUUAAAGCCGUAAAGUACAUCGACGCGGACCACUUCUCGGUGCCACAAGGAAGGCGAGCCGUGGAGCUAGUGGCCGGUAAAGAGAGUGCCAUAGCGCAAGUGGCUAGAACCGUGGUUGGGAAGACUUACCAACUGUUUUUCUCCGUGGGUGAUGCUAACAACGCGUGUGAAGGGUCCAUGGUCGUUGAGGCAUUCGCGAACAAAGAAACGCUAAAAGUGCCGUAUCAAUCCAAGGGUAAAGGUGGAUUCAAGCGCGCUGUUCUCAAGUUUGUGGCAACAAGUACACGAACCAGGAUCAUGUUCUAUAGUACUUUUUACACGAUGAGAAGUGACGACUUUUCGUCGCUUUGUGGACCUGUUAUCGAUGAUGUGAAGCUUUUGAGCGUGCGAAAGCCGCGUAAACUUGCUUGAAUGGGCCGUGUUCCGGAUUAAAAGUGUUUGGAAGACUUGGGAAGAGUGUUUUUUAUUAGUAAAGAAUAAACAAGUUUUUUGCUUUUAAAACUAGUAUAAUUAAUGGAUAUGAGUAGUAAUUCAUACUAAGAAUGGUAUAUAAAGCUGGUAAUUGAGAAAUGGGGUGUGGUUUUGAUUUCAUAUGUAACUUCACUUUAAUAUAUGAAAAAAAAAUGGAACAUAUUGUGUAUUUAUUCUUA